AUGCAGAACUUAGCUCCGACGAGGAGCUGGGUCCGCCGAGAACUCGGGAGUUUCCACUGCUCUCCUCCCAUGUCUCGGUUUCCCGGCGCUCGGCCGUUACGACCAGCAGAGCCCCGGGGUGCAGCGUCUGGGGUCGCCCCUACCCGGGGUCCCCCAUCCCCGACCACCUCCUCAGGUGGCGCGGCUGAAGAAGGGGCGGCCGGUGUCCCGCGCGUCCCCGCUACUCACCUCACAGCUCAGCCCGUGUCCCGGGAGCCGGCGGGCGGAGGAGGAGCGGGGAGGCGGCGGCCCAGCCCUCUGCACGUCGGGUGGCGGCGACGGCGCACGGCGCUCUCGGUGGGCGGGAGGGGAGUCUUGGCCGCUCAGCCGGGAUCGCUCCUGGGCUCGGGGCGGGGCCGCGCGGGGCUGUGGGCGGGGCCUCGAGAGUCUGUGGGCGGGGUCGCAUGGGGCGGGGCCGCGGAGAGCUGGGGGCGUGGACGAGCGUGGGGGGCGGGGGUGUGGACGCGCACGGGGCUGGGCUCGGGGCGUGGACGUGCCGGUCUAGAGGCGUGGCUUUGUUGGGCUGGGGGCGGGGGCCACACUGGGUUGGGGCGAAGCCGCUCAGGGUUUGAGGCGUGGGCGCGCAAGGCGGUCGGGGACAUGAGGUCGUUCAGGGUGCGGGGCCAGGGACCCGCCCAGGCCCUCCAGCCCUCCAUCCACUUCUCCCCUAUCCAGGCAGCUGGGGGCGCUGUGACUCCCACCCCACCCAAGGGGCGGAGUUCUGGGGGUGGCCUGGGGUGUGGGUAUAAGAGGGCGGUGGCAGCUCUGCACAGCGGGGUUUCUGAGUUUGUGAUGAUGCUCCCGCUGCUGAGCCUGGUCGCGCUAUGCUGGGGUGUCGUCUCCCCGGAGCCGACUAUUCAGUGUGACUUGGAGAAUGGGCCAUCUCCAGAGUGGAAGGUCCAGCACACUCUGACCCCAGGAGACUUGAGGGACCUCGGGGUGGAACUCGUUAAAACCAGUGUUGCACCGGAAGAGUAUUUACUCUCCAUGAACAUAAGCUGGGUGCUUCGGGCAGAUGCCAGUAUCCGCUUGCUGAAGGCCACCAAGAUCUGCGUGACGAGCAAAAGCAACUUCCAGUCCUACAGCUGCGUGAGGUGCAAUUACACGGAGGCUUUCCAGCGUCAGACCAAACCCUCAGGCAGCAAAUGGAUGUUUUCAUAUGCAGGCUUCCCUGUAGAACUGAACACAAUCUAUUUCAUUGGGGCCCAUAAUAUCCCCACUGCGAAUAUGGAUGAAGAUGGCCCUUCCUUGUCUGUGAAUUUCACGUCACCAGGAUGCCUAGACCACAUAAUGAAAUACCAAAAAAAGUGCACUGAGGCAGGCAGUCUGUGGGACCCCAACAUCACUGCUUGUAAGAAGAACGAAAAGACAGUGGAAGUGAAUUUUACCACUAGUCCCCUUGGAGAUAGAUACAUGGCGCUUAUCCAAAAUGAUACUGUUCUUGGAUUCUCUACUGUGUCAGAGAACAAGUCAUCCCGGACGUCUGUGGUGAUCCCAGUGACUGGGGAAAGUGAAGGAGCUGUGGUACAGGUGGUUCCGUACUUCCGUACUUGCGGCCGUGACUGCAUCCGACACAGAGGAACCGUUGUGCUUUGUCCCCCAUCAGACUUCCGCAGCCCUCUAGUUGAGAACACCAGGGUGCUGGGAAGCUGGCUGCCCUUCCUCCUCCUGGCUCUGCUGGUGGCCGUGUGGGCUCUGGUAGUUGGGACCUAUCUGCUGCGGAAGCAUGAGAGGAACAAGACCUCCUUUCCUGCAGACACCCCACUGCUUCCCAUUAAGGUUCUCGUGGUUUACCCAAUGGAAGUAUGUUUCCAGCACACGGUUUGUUACUUCACGGAAUUUCUCCAAAACCACUGCAAAAGUGAGGUCAUACUAGAGAAGUGGCAGAGAAAGAAAAUAGCGGAGAUGGGCCCAGUGCAGUGGUUGACCACCAUGAAGCGUGUGGCAAGUAAAGUCAUCUUCCUGCUUUCCAAUGAUGUCAGCACCGUGUGUGAUGGGGCCUGUGGCAAGAGGGAAGGCGGCCCCGUUGAGAACUCCCAGGACCUGUUCCCUCUCGCCUUCAAUCUCUUCUGCAGUGACCUAACAAGCCAGACCCACCUGCACAAAUACCUGGUGGUCUACUUUCAAGAGCCUGGUACCAAUGGCGAUUACAGUGCUCUCCAGGUCUGCCCCAAGUACCACCUCAUGAAGGACGCCACUGCUUUCUGUAAAGAACUUCUCCACACAAAGCAGCACGCAUCAGCAAGCAAACAGACGCGACGAUGUUCCCACUGCUGA